AUGGCUUCAGCCCACUUGCUUUUCGUCUUCCUUUUCUUGGGUCGUUUUCCAUGUGAACAAGGAUUUUAUGUGCCCGGAGUAGCUCCUGUCGAAUUCAGAAGUGGCGAUCCAAUUGAAGUUAAGGCAAUCAAAUUGUCAAGUACGAAAACAAUCGUCCCUUACGAGUAUUACUACCUUCCCUUUUGUCGUCCUGAGGGAGAUUUGUUGUACAAAUCAGAAAAUCUCGGCGAGGUGAUGCGUGGAGACCGUAUCGUCAACACUCCAUACCAGCUUUUUAUGAAAAAGGAUAUUGCGUGUGCUUCUGCUUGUACAAGGGCUGAGCCGGUUGAGGUAAGCUCAUCUGCGGCGAGGAGGUUGAUGGAUCGUAUAAAAGAAGACUACCAUGCCCACUUGCUGGUGGACAAUCUUCCUUCUGCUACGAAGUACGAAGUCCCGAAAACUGGCGAAAUUUUUUAUGACCUAGGCUACAAAAUUGGUUGGGUCGGUGAAGACGGCAAGGUAUUUCUUAACAAUCAUUUGGAUAUUGUGAUGCUGUACCAUGAACACAUGCCUGGAUUGUAUCGCGUUGUUGGUUUCGAAGUGAAACCACGCUCUAUAAAAUCUGUCUCUUUUACCAAAGACAAGGAGUGUAGCGGACUUGAUAAGGAGGCGAACUUCUACGAAUUGAAAGAAGAGGACCAGCACAUCCAGUGGACUUAUAGUGUCACAUGGGAACCCAGCGAUAUCCCAUGGGCUAGCCGAUGGGAUGUGUACUUGUCAGUCAAAGCAGUCGAUAUUCAUUGGUUCAGUAUCCUCAAUUCAAUAGUCGUUGUAUUAUCACUAAGCGGCUUCCUAAGUGUGUCUAUUGUACGUACUGUGCGUCGUGAUAUCGCUCACUACAACAAAGACGAAGCUGAGGACGACACUCUCGAGGAGACUGGUUGGAAACUUGUCCAUGGUGACGUCUUUCGUCCCCCACCUCAUCAGAUGAUACUUGUGAACAUGGUGGGAACUGGUAUACAAUUACUAGGAAUGGUCGGAGUUAUAGUUUUCUUUGCAAUGCUGGGGAUGCUAUCACCUGCCAGCCGUGGGUCACUCAUGUCCGCUGCUGUGUUUCUGUUCUGCUUCAUGGGUCUUGUUAGUGGCUAUCAAUCUGGUCGCCUGUAUAAAACCUUAAAAGGGCGCAAUCCAAUUAGAUGUGCAAUUCAGACUGGAACUCUCUUUCCAUCGCUUAUUCUUGGGAGUGGGUUUGUUCUCAACUUCUUCCUUAUAGGCAAGCAAUCAUCAGGAGCAGUUCCGUUUGGCACAAUGAUUGCUCUGCUGCUCAUGUGGUUCGGGAUCGAUUUGCCCUUAGUGUUCCUUGGAUUUUAUUUUGGAUAUAGGAAACAGCCAUAUACUCAUCCAGUUCGAACAAAUCAAAUUCCACGCCAGGUGCCAGAUCAGCCGUGGUACCUACGGACUGUACCUUGCACUUUAAUCGCCGGAGUUUUGCCGUUUGGGGCAAUGUUCAUUGAAUUAUUCUUUAUUUUCUCGGCAAUUUGGGAAAAUCAGUUCUACUACCUUUUUGGUUUCUUGUUCAUCGUCUGUAUGAUCCUCGUUAUUAGCACGGCACAAAUUUCUGUUGUGGCCACUUAUUUCAUGUUGUGCGCGGAAAACUAUCGUUGGUGGUGGAAGUCCUUUAUUGUCAGUGGUGGUUCUGCAGUCUAUGUUAUGGCGUAUUCAAUCUUCUACUACGUUACCAAGCUAGACAUCGAAGGUUUUGUGCCGACCGUGCUGUAUUUUAGUUAUUCUGCCCUUAUGGCGAUAACAUUCUGGUUCCUUACUGGAACAAUCGGAUUCUACGCAUCAUACGCAUUUUUGCGACGUAUUUAUGCUGCUGUGAAGAUCGACUAG